ACUCUCCACCGGUGGGUCCCACCGGCCACCAACAAAAACCGAACCACUGUUGCCUGAAUCUCCCGUGCUUUCCUACCCAUCUCCUCUCCGCCCUCCUCCGCCUCCCACCACCGCCCAUGGGUGACUACCACCGUCCCUACCGGGGCGACCUCCGCUCGCCGCCGUCCUCCGCGCCGGACCCGGCCUUCACGCACGCCAACGGCUACUUCUCCUCCUCGGCCUCCCCGCACUCUAACAACGGCUACUUCUCCCCAGCCUUCGCCAAGGACGACGCUUUCCCUGGCGCCGGCCCCGGCGGCGACCGGCGGAUCGAGAUCUACACCACGGCGCCUCCGCCGCACCUUCCACCUCCGCCGGGACACACGCUGGCGCUGCCCCCGCCGCCUGGGUGGAAGGAGGGGCGCAUGGGGGGAGGCGGCGCUGGCAGGAAAGGCGGAGGGGGCGGAGCCAGCAUGUGGUGCCUCAGCGACCCGGAGAUGAAGCGGCGUCGAAGGGUGGCCAGCUACAAGGCCUACUCGGUGGAGGGCAAGGUGAAGGCGUCGCUGCGGCGGGGGCUCCGGUGGUUCAAGGGCAAGUGCUCCGAGAUCUUCCACCACGGAUGGUAACCUCUGAUAGCUACCGGAGUUCUUGGAAUGUUUGCGAUUUAGUUUUUUUUCCUCCUUUUUUUUGGAAGGUAAUGCUCCAGAUGUUGUCUGUUUAUCUAUCUGUUCGACUACUAAUUGGAAGUGGAUUUGAGAUUGUGAGUGUAUAUCAUAAGCUAUUCGGCGGCGGAUGCAAUGCAAGUUCAUGACACUGUUUGUGGUGCGCGCACUUUCUUCACUAUGUAGAUUCAUCUGUCAGUUCUGUUGGGUGGUGGCUAUAAUGGAUAGUAGUGGUGCCUUUCUUUGUUACUAAUUAAAUGAAAUAAUCAGGAAUUUGAUAUUGCCACCAUGGUUUA